AUGAUUGGGCGUUCACUGACCACAGGUGAAGUGUCCAGGUCUGAUGGUCUGGACUCUGGUCCCAGGAACUCCUCUGCCCCGCCCCUGACCCAGUGUUCUCCCGUGCCUCUGCCGGCCCUGGGCACCCAGAAAAUCCUGCAGGGCAACGGCACGUCCGUGGGCACCGUCAUCGUCCGGCAGUGUCCGACCAAACACCGGCUGAUGGGGAAACGUCUGACGUGUGUCGUGGACAGAAACCUCACCCGCUGGGAGGGGGAGUCCUACUGUCAACCUCUGAGUCCGUUCUCCGACGAUGGGUUCCACGUGGCCGUGGUGGCGUCCAUCCUCAGCGUGGCCGUCAUCCUGCUCAUGUCCAUGGCCUUCAUCACCUGCUGCUGGGUCGACUGCAACAUAGAGAGCGAGAAGAAGAAACAGAGCCUCAAAGAAACAAACAACAACAACAACAACAACAGCAGCAGCAACAACAGCAAGGCCAACAGGUGGCGUCCUCAGGACCAUAAACACAUCUUCAGAUGUCCACAAAACUUUGUCCAAGUACCGGUCUUCACCCAUGGAUGGCGCUCUCUGCUCAUUGCUCCACUUGGGAAUGACUACAACCAACCUCUGCCAGGACAGAAUCUUCACCAGAACCAGAACCAGUACCAGUACCAGAACUCAGGGCCGUCUGUGUCCUGCGGUCAGAACCACAGUUGGACUUCUCCGUCCACAGCACCAGAACCAGAGGUGGAGCAGCGGUGCGGAAGACUCCAGAACCUUCUGUCCACUGAAGAAAACGUCGUCAUGAAGAGUUUAGAUCCAGCAGAAGAAUUCUCUCUCAGACUCAUGUCAGUGUGAACGACAGACGGACCAGAAGUCAGGACCAGGAACCACAGACAGCGUAUGAACUCUCCUGCUGCCUGGAUCUGAACUGUACAGUAAACCUUACUAGUUUAACUAGUUAAACCUGCAGCAUGAGGUGGUGGAGAAGCUGAGACUGUGUUCGUGUUCAAACUCAUUAAAGCGUUUUUCCUCCGUCGUCUGUGUUCGUUCAGUGUAUUAUAUUAUUCUUUUCCAGGAGCUUGUGGACGUGUGCAGUACCACGGACACUCACAGGGGCGCUGUUGCCCCGUGUAGCUAUCGUCCGCCCAUAAAGAGAACAAGAAGAAGACAAGGAGGAAACAACAACAGAAGUGUUUGAAGCGGGGACAAGAAGUCGUCGUCCACACGCUGCUGUGUCUCUAAUGUCCACACGGGGACCAAUACCGUCUCUUAUUGUUGUUAUUAUUUGGACCUCCUCCUCCGCGGGAACUCCUCCACUGCCGCCAUGUUUGUUACGAUCUGAGAAAGUUACGGCGACCGGAAAUGAACUCUGAACUCAGCGCUGUCCUCUAGCGGAUGCAUUUCUUAACAACAACGUUAAAUGUAAGGGUCAUUGAAACGCUCUCACUCCGUUUGACAUUUAAAUAUGUGAAUAAAACACGAGCUGUAACAAAGGUAACUCAUGGCUGGAGUAGAUUUCAGUCAAAGGAAAGUGUUUCUUUAAUAAAGUCCAGGGAAUAUUCUGGA